UAAUUAAGAAUAAAUAAGGAUUUGUGACUUAUGCAGAAAUAUUUUAAUUAUUUUUAUUCUGUAUUUGACUACACCUACAAUCUAUGGCCAUCUCAUUUACGAUAUCGGUCACAAAUUUUUGUGACAAAUCAAGCCAAAAAAUAAACAAUUUGUUCUGAAUAAUCCAAAAUAAAAAUGUCGCACAAACAAACACCUUAUUCUCCGAAUUUCCCACCGUCUCAAGGUUACGCUCCGCCUCCUGACGGUAAAGAGAGUUAUCCCAUGAAUCCACAAGGAGGAUACCCUGGCCCACCACCUCCUGGGCCCCAACUUCCACCUGGAGCCCAGCCUUUGCCAGGAAUGCAGCCUGGGUUCCAACCUGGAUUUCAACCUGGUUUCCAACCGGGAUACCCUCAUCCUCAACCAGGAUAUCCUCAGCCAGGCUACCCUCAUGUAGCGCCAGGAUAUGGUCCACCUGGACCAGUAGUGCAACAGCCUGGUCCUCAAGUGCCACCAGGUGGAUGGAUGACAGUACCUCAAGGGCUCAGCAACUGUCCGCCAGGUUUGGAAUACCUUUCUAUGAUUGAUGGAUUACUGGUACAUCAAAAAGUUGAGCUUUUGGAGGCAUUUGUGGGUUUUGAGACCAACAAUAAGUACACAGUGAAAAAUAGUGUUGGCCAAAAGGUUUACUAUGCUGUGGAAGACAAUGAUUGCUGUACCAGAAACUGCUGUGGCCCUAUGCGACCUUUCGACAUGAAAAUCAUGGAUAAUUUCAGGAAUGAGGUCAUUCACCUCCAUCGUCCACUGGCUUGUGAUUCGUGCUGGUGUCCAUGCUGGCUGCAAAGCAUGGAGGUCUCCGCUCCACCAGGCACUGUGAUUGGCUCCAUUGAACAGGAAUGGUCUAUUUGCAAGCCCUGUUACGUUAUUAAAAACGCAGCAGGCGACGUUGUGCUAAGAAUCAAGGGACCGCUUUGCACAUUCUCCAUUUGUGGAGAUGUCGAAUUUCAUGUAUACUCCAAGGAUGGCGAAACUAAAGUUGGCAAGAUUACGAAACAAUGGUCCGGAUUGGCACGCGAGGCAUUUACCGAUUCAGAUUACUUCGGAAUUACUUUCCCAAUGGAUCUGGAUGUCAAAAUAAAGGCCGUUCUUUUGGGAGCCUGCUUCCUCAUUGAUUUCAUGUUCUUUGAGAAGUCUGGAAACCAGGAGUCUGACCGUCCUGGUAUGCUGUAAAUGUAAGGAUGCGCACUCUGGCAAGACGCCAUUAUAACCUGUGAAAUUUUGAUAUGUCUAUAUUUUUAAUUGUUUUUAUUUUUUGAUUACUUAUUUACUUGGUUAUAUUGUUACGAGUUAAAGAAUCUCUAACUCUUAUACUAACAUAGUACUUUUAGUUUGUGGCGAUGCCGAUGUUUGGUAUGGCUGAUUGCGCAAGAUCUGACUAAAAUAGCGCGCUGUUUUAUUUUUAAUAUAAUUCUUCCAUGAGUUGAUUCGUCUUAUGAACCGUCCAUCCAUCAAUUUAUAUGCGUGAAACAGACACGUGUAUGUGUACACUAUAAGAAAUGAUAUUGGAAAUUGGAAAAUACCAAUACCGAUACCAAUUCUGCGUCGCCACUCUUUUAUAUUAAUAUUAAAAGCAUGCGUGUUUAAAAGUUAUGAGAAUAUUAUAAUUUCGUGUGUAUUAUGUUAGAGAUAGACGCACUAAAUAGUUAUGUAAGCUUAAAGUGAUUAUUUACGUUAUUGUGAUCUUUUUUUAAUGCAAAUUUUAUUAUUCUGUAUACGUAACUAGUAACUACAUAAUGUCACACUUAUGAAGAUACAACCACAAGAACUAUCUCGAAUACAUUAUCUCAUGUAGUGAGCUUAGUCUCUUUGGUAUGAAUGCUGCUAGUCGAAGAUAAAGUCCACUAAUCAAAUUAGUGGAUGUAUGGAUCAUUGUUAUGAAUCCAUUGUUAAGCAGGACAGCUCGCCCAAUUUAUAGAAACAUAAGCGUGGUUUUAUGUGACAAUAAUUACAAUAGAACUUUGUAAAUGAUUUAUUGAAAAUAUUUAUCACACAAUGAGAAUCUUAUGAAUUAGUUAGAAUUUUAAUAUUUUACAAAAUGACUUAUGAUUUAUGCAACUCAUUAUCUUUUUUGAAACAAUGCAACUAUUUCUAUUCACGUAUCUGUUAUGCAAUGUUCCAGCAACUUCCUUUUAUUAUUCUAGUCCUUUUACAAUUUGUGCUGUGGAUUGCAUUUUACGUUGUUUUUUUUGUCCCUUUUGUCAUGUGUAAUAUUCCUAACAAUGAAUAAGCAGGGGUUGUUCUUCCUAGUGUCCUGUAUAAUUAAUAUGUUGAAUAAUAGGCCACUCAUGUGAGUCAAGCCAUGAUAAGCACGCACCGUGUCUACACUAUUGUAUAGCCCAUUGUUAGGAAUCAAAUAACCCCAUAUUGUGACAAGCAGUGUAUAAAACUUAUGAAGUUGUGCCUGCAAAUGUAUUUUGCAAUACGAAGUGAAGCUUUAUACUGUAGUUUCUUGCAUUGUUAGAUAUUAUUAAUAUAAUAAAGAAGUGUACUACAGUACAGUUUAUAGUAACUUUUAAUGUCAAAGGUGUAUUUUUGCGGAAUGUUAGUGUUAACCGGCGUUCAUUUUUCUUAGAAAUAGUUUUAAGAAUUAUAUAAAAUUAAGUGUAACUUCUGCUUUUUAUACAGGUGCUAAACGAAUUACUAUUGUACUUUGACGUAGGACGCAUUUAUUUAUCUGUAUUUGUCAUAAAAGAGAUGAGUACGAAAUUGGAUGAGUGCUUUUACAUACUGGACAACAAAAUUACUAGCCUUUUUAACACGCUUUUAUUUAUCUAGAACUAUAAUAUAAUUUUGGUAAAAUGUUCGUAACCAAAGUCUCAAUGGCUUGUUUUAUACGUAAAAGACAUGGCCGGCAACGUAAGAUAAUUAAAAUUUACAGGCACGCACAAAUAUGUAUACAUGUGUGUAAUAUGGGUUCAGAUAUAGACCUAACAAAACUACACUGGUCAAUGGAAUGUUAAAAAACAAACAAUUAUUUAUUUACUUGUAACUUAUUACUGUUGGUGUAAUUUAGUAGCCCAGUAUGCAUGAGUUCAAAUAUUGAUGCAGGAUUUUCAAUUACACACUAUGAAUUUGUUUUUAAAAAUGCUAUUUGGUAUACUAUUUACGUAUAGAUCUUAAAAAAUAUAUGUAGCUUUAUAUAUAUUUAAAGGCUCGUAAGCAAAAUAUACUCUUUAGUAAGAGCCAAAUAUAUGUAAUAAGAAAUGUCGCAUAGGACGUGCCUGCUCUAUUCAACUAAUCUUUACUAUUUUAGUACAUAUUUAAAGAUAUACAAUGUUAACAUGUAGUACAUAACCUUAAGAUAAAUGCAUUUAUUCUGCCUAAUAAUGUUAUGGAUAGUAAAUACCAAUCCUGCACAAUGAGACUUGGCACAAAUAUUAUACAAUUUCCAAUAAUAUUACAUUGUUUGUAAUUCGAGCAUACAAUGCUCUUCUCUUUGUAUGCAGCCUCACAUGCUGUACCACCUUUACAACUCUUAUUAUGUACUUAUACAAGGAACUUGAUAUUACCAUUUAUGAAAUAAAAGUGUUAAUUACUAUAA